AUGGCCCAAAUACAAAACAAUUCGAGCUCUUCGACUAGACGUUCAUUAAGAUUAUUAACUGCUGAACGAAAAUCAACAAUAAACAAAUUCAAUAUAGAAGAAGAAGAAGAAGAAGAAGAACAACAACAACCAACAACGACUGCACGUCAAGCAAAAUCUAAAGCACUUGAAGCCCUUUCAAUUAGUAAUAAUAAGCGUCGAAUAGAAACUGAUUCUGAUAUAAACGAAGAUCAAGAAGAUAAUAGAAAACGAACAUCAUCAUCUCGUCAUAGUACUGUUCAUGCAACAAGUACUAUAAGACGUCGUAAAAGACAAAGUGAAAAAUUAUCAAAUAUAACAACAUUGAAACGUCAACGACCAUCAUCAUCCGAAGAAGAAGAAGUAGAAGAGCAAGGCAAUCAAUUAAAAUCCAAAAGAAAUUCUGCACCUAUUUUCUCUCAUCAUAAUCGACGAAAACAAAGUGAUUCGGAAAAACGAAGUGAAAGUACAGAUACGGGGAACCUUUGCGGACGAGAACAAAGUACAGUUGUAAGUGAUCCUUCAACUAGUAAUAAUCGACGAUCACGUCGUUAUACAACGAAAUCUUAUAUUGAUUAUUUGACAACGGGUCAAUCGUCUUCUAGUCGUUCAUCGGUGCCUGUCACCAAUAUCACCGGUACAGAUAGCCGAUCGUGUCAUACAAAUAAUACCGGUGUCACAUCUCCAAAUAAUCCUUUACAUUUAUUUAAUUCUCCUGCGUAUUAUCAUCAAAAUUCUUCAUCUCCUCCGCCGUCAUCAUCAUCAGCACAAACAUAUUCUGGUAUUGUUCCAACAACAUCAUCAACUUCUCCAUUUGUUGCUAGUAGUACUCAUCGAACAACCAAGCAAUCUAUACAAAUGUCAACCGAAAGUGAUACUGAUCCUGAUAAUAGUCCAACAGCACGUGAUAUUCUAAGUGAUGCAAGUUUUGCUCGUAGUGCUGCAAGUAGUGGUUCAGCAAGUGCAGCAUUAUUUCAUACAUUAUCAGGCCGUGUUCAACAUUUAAUGAGUAGAGUUGGAGGCGGAAGUUCAAUUAAUGGACGUUUACAACAAUAUAUCCAAGGAUUACAAUCAUCAGAUCCUGAUGUUAAAUUAACAACACUUAAUGAAUUAUGUUCUUUUCUUGUUAUGAGUAAUGAAGAUACAUUACCGGGAUUUCAAUUUCGUGCACUCUAUCCACCAUUACGUGAAUGUUUAGCAGAUGAAAAUGAAGCAAAUGCUGAAAUAGUUUUAACAGCAUGUCGAGCAUUAACAUAUCUUAUGGAAGCAUUACCACGCUCAGCAAUUCAAGUUGUUGAAGCUACACCAAUAUUUUUAAAUAAAUUACGAAGUAUAACAUCAAUUGAUAUAGCUGAACAAGCAUUAACAGCAUUAGAUAUGAUAUCAAAAAGAAAUGCAAAACAAAUUCUUGUUUGUGAUGGUAUUGGUGCAUGUCUUGAAUAUAUUGAUUUUUUUUCCAUAACAUCACAACAUAAAGCAUUAUCUAUAGUUGCAAAUUGUUGUAUACAUAUAGUAACAUCAAAUGAUUUUAAAUAUGUUCGUGAACAUUUAGAAAAUUUAUCAAAUCGUUUACGUUCGGAUGAUAAAAAAACUAUUGAACAUAUUUGUUCAAUAUUUACACGUUUAGUAGAAAAUUUUUAUCGUGAUUCAGCAAUAUUAUGUGAACUAGCAUCACAAGAAUUACUUAAAACAAUGCAAACAAUGAUUAUUGUACAACCAUCAUUAAUAAAUAGUAUAACAUUUGUUAGUAUUAUUCAUAUGCUUUAUAUUUUUUCGGCUUAUUGUCCAAUACUUGCUGUUACAUUACUUAAAAUGAAUAUAGCAGAAACCUUAAUAUGUCUUUUAACGGGUUCAGUUGAAGGUAAAAUUCUAACUAGAAAAUCAAUAACAUAUAAAUCUGCUGCCUUAUCAAUGAAUGAAACAAUAACAAAUAUGACAACAAUACAACAAACAAAUAAUAUUGAACUUAUACCACGUACACCACAAGAAUUAUUUGAAAUUGUUUCAUUAAUUGGAGAAAUGAUGCCAAAAUUACCAAUUGAUGAACCAUUAUUUCAAGUUGAUCAAUUAUUUCGAGCUGGAAGAGGAUAUGAUGCUAGUGCAAAUGGUUAUGUUUUGUGGUAUUGGCAAGAUGAUCAAGGUCAAUUACGUCCAUAUUCAUCUCAAGAUUCUCGAACAAUCGAACAUGCAUGGCAACAACAUGAAGAAGAAGUACAAUUAGUUAUAUCUGGUCGAAAUUAUCUUCUUGAUUUACAACAAUUACAACAAAUUAAUGAAGAAACUAAUCAAGCACGUUUUAUUAAACGUCUUGUAACACCAGGUUCACCUAAUCCUGUUGAAUCUACAACACCACCUCCUUCAUUAUCAACAGAUGAAUUAACAAAUGAUUCAUCAUCUCAACCAACAACGACAAUAUUAAAUAAUUCAAUUGAUAUUCGAACAGAAACUUUAAAAGAUAAUAUUGAAUUAUAUAAUUCAUUUGUACAAUCAUUAUUUCCUAUUCUAUAUGAAGUUUAUAAUACAUCAGCUGGGCCAGCUGUAAAACAUCGUUGUUUACAAACAUUACUUCGUAUGAUAUAUUAUUCAUCAUCUGAUUUACUUGAAACAAUUUUAAAACAACAAUCAAUAUCAUCAAAUAUAACAUCAAUGCUUGCAUCAUGUGAUUAUAAAAUUGUUAUUAGUGCAUUGCAAAUAUCAGAAAUUUUAAUGAAAAAGUUACCUGAUAUAUUUUCUGUAUAUUUUUAUCGUGAAGGUGUUGUACAUCAAAUUGAAAUUCUUAUUGGAUUUGGUAUAACAUCACAAACAAAUUUACCAAUAUCACAUACACAUCAUACAACAACAAGUCAAAGUCAACUUGAUCUUGCUCAAAUGAAUGAAAAUCCAUCAACACCAACAAAUCCUAUCCUAAAUGAAUCUUUUGAUGAUCAACAAAUUCAUUCACAUAGUAAUGAUUCUUCUUCAACAUCACAAACUCAUUCAAAAACUCAAUCAUUUUCAUAUCGAACAACAACAUCAUCUCGUCGUCAUCAAACAGAAUCAAAUACAACUAAAAUCGAAACACGUUCACAACGUUCACGUAUACCUCCAACAUUAUCAAGUUCUCGUAUUAAACCAUCAUUACAUUCAAUGUUUGAUGAAAUGACAUCAUCAACACCUCCGGAUGCAUCAUCAUCAUCAUCAAUACCUAUUGGUCGUGGUCGUUUCACACGUGGUGGUGGUGCUACAAAUUCAGGAUUUUUUCGACCAACAACUUAUGAUUCAUCAUCUCCUUUUGGAUCAACAAUUAGUAAUCGACCUCGCCCAACAACACCAAUUUAUGCACCAUCACCUUAUUUACAACAACAAGCAUAUGCAUAUGCAACAAGUGCGCCAACUGCAGCUUCAUUAGUUAUAUCAACUAGUUUAUCUUCUCGCCAACAAUCUCAACUAACAUUAUCAACACAAGAAAAAACAAAAUUAAAAGAAUGGAUACAAAAUCAAGCACAAAAUUUUCGUGCGAAUUAUUUUUCAAAUAAUUCAUCAACAUCAAAUAUUGCUUUACAAAUAAUAAAUCGUUUAGCAUCAGCUGUUGAUAUAUUACAUGUUGGAAAAGAACAUUUAGAAAAUACAAAAGCAUUACGUGAUAUUGCAAAUAUAAUAGCUAAAGGUGAUGUAACACCAUUUGAAAUGGUACAUAGUGGUUUAAUAACAAAAUUAUUUCAAUAUUUAACUGAUCAUACGUCAUUACCAAAUGAUCGAUUAGAUAGAUUAAAAUUAUUUUUAAAUAUAUUUAUGAAUAUACCUUAUGAAAAUACAGAUGAUAAUGAAAAAGAUUUAAAACAAUUUAUUAUUGAUCUUCAUCAUGCACAAUUAAAUAAUGGAAAAUCUAAUCAAAAUAUUUUAAGCCAUUUAGUUUGUAAAUUACAUGGAUGUAUUAAUCAACUUGAACAGUUUCCUAUUAGAGUCAAUGAUGUUACUGGUCGAUCUGUUCAUAGUUCAGCUCUUCGAUUAAUAUCAACUCAUCAACUUAAAUGUAGUCUUGUUCGACAUCCACAAUGUAAAACAUUAAAACAAUGGAAUAGUAGUCCGGUGAAAAUUGAUCCAUUUGCAAUUGUAUCAGCCAUUGAAAAAUAUUUACUUUUACGUGGUGUAGCUAGUGGAUCAAAUGAUGAUUCAUCAGGUAUCAUUGAUGACGAAGAAAGUGAAGUAUCCAAUGAAUCUGAUGCUGAAGAUGUUAUUAAUGUUCUUGCUCAUUCAUCAACAAUGAGACUUGAAUUUUUAAUUAAUGAUCAUAUUAUUCCAAAUAAUAUGACUUUAUAUCAAGCUAUUCGAAUGUAUAGUACAUCAACACAAAGAACUACUGAUGGUGAAUCUGAAACUGAUACUGAUGAAUCCGUAGUGUCAUCAUCUAAUAUAUGGACACGUGUACAUACAAUUCAUUAUCGUCAAUUAACAAAUUCUUCAUCAACAGUACCUGCUGUUAGUACAGCAAUUGGUGCUGCUAGUACAACAACAACAACGACAACAUCAUCAUCAUCAUCAUCAUCAUCAAAUCGUUUGCGACAAACAACAACUAAUACGCAAAGUUCAUCAUCAAAAUCUUCGAAAAAACCUAUUAAAACUGCCAAACGUUCACCUAUUCCAACAACAAUUGAUGAAUUAUGGAUAAAUGGUCAAUGUCCAAAAGCAAAAUCUUUAUUAAUAUCAACAUUAGAUGAAUCUCUAUCAUCAAUAUUAACAAUAAAUGAUUUAUCAUUAAAUGCUAUAUCAUUACUUCAUAUAUUAAAUAGUUUAAAUCUUUAUUGGUAUGAUCUUUAUUGUCAUACAAAUACAAUGUUAAAUCAUCAUAAUUUAUUAUUAACAUUAACAUCAAAAAAUGAAUAUUUAUCAACAAAAUUAACCUCAAAAGUAAAUAGACAAUUACAAGAUCCAAUUGUUAUUAUGAUGGGACGUAUCCCAUCAUGGAUAACUGAAAUGGGUUAUACAUGUUCAUUUUUAUUUCCAUUUGAAACGCGACAAAUGAUUUUUUAUCCAUGUGCAUUUGAUCGUGAACGUGCAAUGCAAAGACUUUUAGAUAGUUCAGAUAUGUUAACACAACAACAUAAUAAUGAUCAAAAUGAUAGACAAUCAGUCGCACCAAGAAUUGAAAGAAAAAAAGUUAAAUUAUCAAGAGUAAAUAUACUUUCUGAAAUGGAAAAAAUUCUUGAUAAUUGGAAUUCAAAACACUUUUUAGAAGUUCAAUAUGAAGAUGAAGUUGGUUUUGGUCUUGGUCCAACAUUAGAGGCAUAUUCAUUAUUAUCAAAAGAAUUACAAAAAAAUGGAUUAGAACUAUGGAGAACGGAUAGAAUUUUUGAUUCACAUAAAGAUAAAGAUAUACCAAUGCCUGAAUAUGUCGAUACACGUCAUGGUCUUUAUCCUGCACCAUUAGGUCGUAAUGCAAAAGCAAAUGUAAUUACCAAAGUUCGUCAAAAAUUUAAAUUUCUUGGAAAAUUUAUGGCUAAAGCAUUAAUGGAUUCAAGAAUGAUUGAUAUGCCAUUUAGUAUUAUUUUUUAUAAAUGGAUGCUAGGAGAAGAAGAAAAUUUAAAUCUUGAAGAUCUUAUUCAUAUAGAUACAAAUUUAUAUGAACAAUUUAAAAAAUUACAAACAAUUGUAUCAGUACGUGAUAAAAUAAUGGUACAAAACCAAAUAACAAAUCAACAAAUAACAAUAAAUAAAUUAAAUAAUAAAAAACGUUUAAAAUCAAAAGAUGAUUCACAAUUAGAACAUUCAACAUAUUCAAAUACAUUUGAUGAAAAUGAUCAGAGAUUAUUACUUGAUGGUUGUAAAAUAGAUGAUUUAUCACUUGUAUUUACAUUACCUGGUUAUCCAAAUAUUGAAUUAAAAAAAGGUGGAAAAGAUUGUUUAGUUACAAUACAAAAUCUUGAUCAAUAUAUAAAUUUGGUUGUCUAUUGGACAUUAGUUGAAGGUGUUCGACGUCAAUUUGAAUCAUUUCGUGAUGGAUUUAAUUCAAUAUUUCCUAUUAAUCAUUUGAAAUGUUUUUAUCCCGAUGAACUUCAUCAAGUAUUUUGCGGUAGUGGUUCAACGGAAUUAUGGGAUCUUAAAGUUUUACUUGAAUCAACACGUUGUGAUCAUGGAUAUAAUUUGAACAGUCGAGCAGUUAAAUGGCUUUUUGACAUAAUGAUUAACUUUGAUAUUGAUGAGCAAAGAUCAUUUUUACAAUUUGUAACUGGUAGUCCGCGAUUACCUGUUGGAGGCUUUCGAAUGCUUCAUCCUCCAUUGACAAUUGUUCGAAAAGCAGCUGAAAAUAAUAGUGAUAAUACCAAUUCGGAUUCAUUUUUACCAAGUGUAAUGACCUGUGUCAACUAUCUUAAAUUGCCAGAUUAUUCAUCAAAAGAAAUUAUGAAAUUGAAACUAACAACAGCGAUACGAGAUGGUCAAUAUGCGUUUCUACUAUCUUGA